AUGCACUGGUUCAUCCAAUGGCUCAUGCAAGUUCUGACUCAACUUCGUCAAGCAUGGCAAGGUAGGGUCCAGCGACAGUCGAAACCUAUCCUAGUGUAUCAAACAAUUCUGCUGAAAUGGCUUCCACAAGUGAGAAAAUUGCCUCAAGUUUGUUGUUGGGAUAAAUCCAAUCCAUUAGAGUUGGUCUGGGAUGAAUUCCUCACCAUUCCUGGUCCUAUGUGCAUGAGCGGACGGUGCUUUGCGAGGGCAACCACUGAGGCUGAGUCAGGAAGUAAGCUGUCCCAGCUCAACCGCCCCCUGACAUAUUGUUUAGAUGUAGCACUAUACUGCUAUCACCUUGCAGUAACUAUGUGCUGCACUCUGGGUACCCUGAAUACUUUUGACCAGGGAGCAUUGUUCUGGGCAGUGUGA